ACUGUUCUGCCACAUAUCACAAACAUAUCUGGAGAAAGUGAACAUCAAGACCAACUCUGCGCUUUGUUAUGUCCCUCAGCGGGCAAACGAAUCAGUUUGUUCGAGUCUUGUUGUUAUCUUCUCCUGAGACCUAGAGAAAAAAAACUUGGGAACCAACUCUGCGCUUCAUUUCGUUCCACUGUGUUCAAAUGAAUCAGUUUGUUCGUGUUCCUUUGUUUCUUUUCUGCCGGGACCUAGAGGAAAAAAACUUGGGAACCAACUCUGCGCUUCAUUUUGUUCCACUGUGUUCAAAUGAAUCAGUUUGCUUGUGUUCUUUUGUUUCUUGUCUCUAUAUCCCAUUCCGCGGAUUUCCUUUUCCUUUCUCUCUUCGCGGGGAGUCUGAGAAAUAGCAUCAGCGCAACCACUUCCUAUUAAGAAUCAACCCCAUCAGAAAAGGUGGAUGGUACCGAGACAAAUGUCCCUCCCCUACUUUCUCCGCCUCUGCUUCCACGAAGAUCGAGAACGAGAAGGUAGCGUUGGGUGGGGACAUGCCACACGUUUCGUCUCUCCCUUUCAUACGCCAUAAGCGAUGUCACUGAUCGGGGGAACGAACACGCCCUCUCACACACUCUCACUUUUCCCAUGGAGAUUGGCGCUGAAUGGAGAUUGAGAACGAGUAAUACCUUAGCCCUUCAUAUGAAACGGGAUUGAGGCUCUGUCGUUUUCUUCAAGUCUCCAUCUUGUACCUCUCUUUGUGGGGAAGGGAAGAGAUAGUGGGAGGCCUUUGCGUGCAAACUUCUGUUUGACGUUGUGGUGGGGUAUCCCAGUCUGUCCGACCCAUCAUCCGUGUAAGAUGUUUAGGAUUGUGUGUUGUGGCAUGUUGGUGUACACUGCCUUGCCUUCCUUCUUCUUUCUGAUCCGACCUGGUUUCGUGCGCUUCGGCGGCGGAGGAGGUACUUCGGUGAGAUUGAGCGGGAGGGGAAGCAGUGGGUCUGCUUGUGCGUGCGUUCUUGGUAGGGGAGAUCUUCGAGGUGUGGAGGCUUGCGCGGCAAGUUGCGCCUUGUGUGCUUGUGUAGAAGCUUGCGAAGGGAAGAUUGGAGUUUCCUGCUUCGCGAUUAGUGAUUAUGUUUCUGAAUACUUGGGGAUUGUGCUAACUUGUUGUGCGAAUCUGGGUUAG